AUGUCAGUCAGAUCAGAUGCAGUCUUCCGAGAGGAUGUCUUCUAUCGCAAGACUGUGCUCACGACAGGCGGCGGAUCAGGCAUCUGCAAGGGCAUGACAUUGGCCAUGAUGAGGCACGGCUGCAAUGCCAUCAUUGUCGGCCGCAACAAGGAGAAGAUCACCUCUGCAGCGGCAGAGCUGUCUAGACAGACGAAGCGAAAGUGUAUCGGUGUCUCGGCAGAUGUGAGGGACGUCAAAUCGCUCGAAAAGGCGGUCGAAGAAGGUGUUGAGGAAUUUGGCGGGAUUGACUACGUCAUCUGCGGAGCAGCCGGCAACUUCUUGGCUCUCGGUGAAAACAUCAGCCCGAAUGCAUUCAAGUCUGUCAUCGACAUCGAUCUCCUCGGCACAUUCAACACCAUCAAAGCCACUCUGCCUCACGUCAAGACGGCAGCAGGAGCGUAUAUAGCUGUCUCGGCCACUUUGCAUUACUCGGGACUCAUCAUGCAAAGCCAUGCCAGUGCCGCGAAAGCCGGUGUUGACGCGCUCUGUCGCUCUCUUGCUGUCGAACUCGGUCCCUCUGGUGUACGCUAUAUGACGCUUGCGCCCGGGCCAAUCGCUGGCACAGAAGGCAUCGACAGAUUACUCCCCACCGAGCUCAAAGAGCAAGCUGUUCGCUCGAUUCCGCUGCAACGCCUCGGCACGAUUGAUGAUAUAGCCAAUGCCACCGUCUUCCUCUUCUCGCCAGCUGCCUCCUUUGUCACCGGGACGACGCUCGUCGUCGAUGGCGGCCAGUGGCACACUCAGCAGCAAUUCGGGUACCCUGAAUCAGUAUCUGCGGACUCCCAACCUAGACCCAGGCUAUGA